UUUAAGAACCCUUUAAUAUUACUACUAUUAGGAUCUGCUUUAGUCAGCGUUUGUAUGCGACAAUUUGAUGAUGCCGUCAGUAUUACUGUUGCAAUAGUAAUAGUCGUCACUGUAGCUUUUGUUCAAGAAUAUCGAUCAGAACAAUCUCUGUCUGAACUUACUAAAUUAGUACCACCGUCCUGCAACUGCCUACGGGAAGGCAUGGUUGAAACAUUCCUAGCACGGCUCCUAGUUCCUGGAGACAUUGUACACCUAAAUAUUGGUGACAGGGUCCCGGCAGAUGUCAGAUUAUUUGAGGCCAUAGAUCUAUCAAUUGAUGAAAGCAGUUUCACUGGUGAAACAGAGCCUGCUGCAAAAUCAAUGGAACCAAUGCUAAAAGUCAAUGGUCACACCAACAUGAAAAAUAUCGCUUUCAUGGGAACAUUAGUAAGGUGUGGAAAUGGCAAGGGUAUUGUUGUCAACACAGGUGAGAAAUCUGAAUUUGGUGAAAUAUUCCGUAUGAUGCAAGCCGAAGAUGCACCAAAAACACCCCUCCAAAAAAGCAUGGACAUUCUGGGGGCUCAACUAUCACUCUAUUCCUUUGGUAUCAUUGGAAUCAUUAUGUUGCUUGGCUGGUUUCAACAACGACCUAUCUUAGACAUGUUGACAAUCGGAGUCAGUUUGGCAGUGGCUGCUAUCCCUGAAGGCCUACCAAUUGUUGUCACAGUAACUCUGGCCCUAGGAGUUCUAAGGAUGGCCAAACAGAAGGCUAUUGUAAAAAAAUUGCCUACAGUGGAAACCCUAGGUUGCGUAAAUGUCAUCUGCUCUGAUAAAACAGGCACCAUCACUAAGAAUGAAAUGACCGUAACGACCAUUCGUACCUCUGAUGGAUAUUGUGCCGAGGUCACUGGAACGGGUUACAAUGAUGAUGGUGAAAUCAUAAUUUUCAAAUGCGAUGACAUAAACCUUGCCAAUGCGUCCAUCUUUAGGUUGUUGGAAGCAGGUGUCGUUUGCAAUAACGCUAUCAUCAGAGAUGAAAAUCUGUACGGUCAACCAACAGAAGGUGCUCUUGUAGCUGUGGCCAUGAAGAACAAAAUGUAUGGAGUCGCAGAUAAAUACAUCCGCCUAAAGGAGUAUCCAUUUUCAUCAGAGCACAAAAUCAUGGCUGUGAAAUGUGCUAUUAAAGGAGGAUCAGUCAAUGAUGAAGUUUUCUUUGUGAAAGGUGCCAUAGAAAAAGUGCUCAAGCAAUGUACCAAGUUCAAAACCAACAGAUCUGUUCUUCCUUUAGAUCUGAAAAAAGAGCAAGAAUUCCUUGCUCAAGCCUAUGAUCUGGGUCGCCAAGGCUUAAGAGUCGUUGGGAUGGCAAGUGGAAGCUCACUUCAAGAUUUAGUAUUCUUAGGUUUAGUUGGUAUUUGUGAUCCUCCGCGGCCAAAAGUUCGGGAAGCAAUUCUGACUUUGCAGCAGUCUGGCGUAAAAAUUAAGUUGGUCACAGGAGACGCUCAAGAGACUGCUACCUCUGUUGCUGCUAUGGUUGGCUUAGACACGGUCCAUGGACAAACCCUAUCUGGUGAUCAUAUCGAUAAUAUGACUGACCAGCAAUUAGAACAAAUGGUCAAUAGCGUAGUGGUCUUUUAUCGAGUCACUCCUAAACAUAAGUUACGCAUUGUGAAGGCAUUCCAAGCUAACGAUAUGAUUGUAGGAAUGACUGGCGAUGGUGUCAAUGACGGUGUUGCGUUGAAGAAAGCAGACAUAGGUAUUGCAAUGGGUAAGAAUGGAACAGAUGUCUGCAAAGAGGCAGCUGACAUGAUUUUAGUCGACGAUGACUUUAACACUAUCAUCGCUGCCAUAGAGGAAGGUAAAGGAAUUUUUCACAACAUUCGCAAUUUUGUUCGUUUCCAACUGAGCACAAGUAUUGCUGCUUUAUCUCUAAUUGCAUUGUCCACACUCUUAGGCAUUCAGAAUCCAUUAAAUGCCAUGCAAAUUUUAUGGAUCAAUAUAAUUAUGGAUGGACCGCCUGCUCAGAGUUUGGGAGUGGAACCUGUAGACAAAGACAUAGUGAAGCAGCGACCACGAAGCACCAAAGAGCAAAUGAUAACGAGGAACUUGAUAAUAAAUGUUCUAAUGUCAGCAUCGAUCAUUAUCUUGGGAACACUUUGGGUCUACAAAAGAGAAAUGAGCGACAACAUAGUUUCAAAACAUGAUACGACCAUGACAUUCACAUGCUUCGUUUUCUUUGACAUGUUCAACGCUCUGAGUUGUCGAUCUCAAACUAAAUCCAUCUUUACAAUUGGUCUAUUCACAAAUCGUGCUUUUCUUCUAGCGGUGUCGCUGUCGGUUAUCGGACAACUCUUGGUCAUCUACUUCCCUCCUCUUCAGAUGAUUUUCCAGACUGAAUCACUGUCUUUAUUAGACAUAAUUUUCUUAGUAGUGCUCACUUCUACCGUUUUCAUCAUAUCUGAGGUGAAAAAGCUGAUCGAGUAUCAUUUCCAACUCAAAUGCAACAGCCCAACCAUACGUAAACACUUAGAUUUUGUAUGACAUGAAGAAAUGGAUGAACCAAGUACAUCGCAAUCGACCAAAGACAAACAGAUAUAGCCAAUCCACAUCAGUCUUAUUUAAAAUAGGAGACAGCAAGACUUCACUGAUUCACCCAAAACAUUCGGAAGUUUCGCCACUUGUCAUUUCUGAGUCUUCAAAUGACCAGCAGGGAGAAGACGUUUCUUAGUUAUAUUCAUCCUAAACUUUACUCGUAAGUUUUUUUUCUUCCAUCAUGACUUUCUGAGCCGAGAUCCGUUCGAUGAGAACAAAUUGAAUGGACUUUCUUUGGUUUUGAUUACCCUUUGAAAGCCUCCCCCUAAUCAGUCCUUGUAUAGUGUACUAAUCACACUUGCAAGGUAAAAUGCGUUUAACGUUCUUAUCAACCAUAUUUGGAUGUGAUUGAUGUAAAAAUUACAAAAAAUGACAGGGUAGGUACUCAACUCUGAACGCCAUUCUACUCAGUAAUUCAACUCAUCGAGGCGUGAUAGCCUUUUAUUUAAUGAAAAUUUGAAGAAAUCAUUUAUGAUGGUGUUGUAUGAUAUGUACCAUCUUUUUUCAAGCAAGCACUGAAUGUUGACAAAAAGGGAAUGUUGACCUGUUGAAAGUCUCAUUCAUUCUGCAGUGCAAAUUCACCGACUUAACAACAUAUGUGUGACUUAUUUUUGUUGUUGAUUGAGCUCAUCUCUAACCAUCCUAUUUUUUUUUAUUAUUAUUAUUAUUAUUAAGUUUCGUAUUCAUUGAUAAGCUGAAAAUGCUUCGGUCCUUAGUCAAAGGUGUGGUAAAAUCGAUUUUCAAACAGGGAAAGUUGCUGAAGACUUUCAAGAAAAAAUCAAUCGACACAUGGUGAUCUUAUGAAGAAAAUAAUGAAGUGUAUUCCAUUUUGGGGGCCAAACUUCUUUGAUGAAUAUGGAAAAUUUCAAAUUUGUUUAUGGCUCAUUCUAAAUGCGCCGUUUAAGUUGGUAAGACUGUUUUUGAGACUCUGAUAUACGCUGAGGUUUGUGUUGACUGUCUAGUUCCUAUAUUUUCGACCGGCAUUGUUGUAAUAUUAAAUCCUCCUUAACAAGCAAAAAUUAUAGGAUUAAAAUAUGUAUAUUACUUCUUUCUUAUUAGGUCCGUGAAUAAUUUUAAAAAAAUUACAGGAAUGUUUAAUUUUUACUUUUGUUUUAGCUCACCCUUAAUUGGAAUUUUUCAUCCUUAAUGUUUUGAACUCGACAAUUGCAAAUUUUUAUGACAAUUAUUUAUUUUCCAGCCACCUUAUUUAAGUAGCUCAUGGUUGUCUAAGGCCUAAUUAAUGGUUGUCUUUUUUAACAACAAUGUAUUUUAUUCCUUUCAGUCGCCGAUUCAAGUUUUUGUAAUUUUAGAAAGCCUGUGUCCCCUAUCCCCUUCCUAUUUGGUUAAGAUGAUAGGAAUAGGUGGAUAACAUGAUAAUUAGAGGACUUUAUUUUGUAAUUAAUAUCUAUUUGUCGUAGCCAAUUAGGUUUUAAUCGUUUUGACAUUAAAAUAAUGCAAUGGUUCUGUUCAAUAAGUUUCAAGAAGGAAAAAUGAGGCAGAAAAAAUUUAAUGCAUUGCUAGAACUUUCUGAACUCAGUCGUUAGAUUCAGACUAUCUAAUCUUCAGAUUAGACCUAUGCAAUUAUAGAUUUUUCAAUUCAAUGACCAUAAACGAAAUUAAUCGGGAUCACAAUUACCGUUCGAUUAAUCGCAUGCAGGGUGUCUACUGAUACGUAAAUAUACGUAAAAUGUACAUAAAUUAACGGGUCGCUAUGUAAAGUGCGUAAAAAAUACGUAUUUUUUCAGAAAGUACGUAAUUUGUGUUUGGUGCGCAUAAGUCUGCGUGCGGCGGACGGAGCGUGCUUGUUUGAAUUGCGUAGAUUUAGUUCCGCUUCACGCCGCCAGAGUGCGUUGCAUGAUACAGUGAGUGACGAGCUAUGAUUGGUCUGCGACGAUGCAUGGUGUGCCGCAUUGGGCGGGCUCGAUGCUUGGUGAAGUGUAUCAUGUUUCCGUUUUGGGCUCAGGACGAUCCAUCCACCUGCAAUGCAUCCACCCAGCAGUUAGGUUAGAUUAGGUUAGGUUAGGUAGGGUGGAUGCAUCCUAGGUGGGUGCAAUGUCACGCACCCGUUUAUUUUUUACCCGCGUCACAACAAGGGUCCCUAUAUUCUACGAGCGGGUACUCCAGACGCGGAAUUUGGAGGUAUAGAGCGUGGUGCGCGGUUUGAAUUACCGUGUAUUUAAAUGGGGGAGUACGACUUUUUCAAAUCAGGUUUUUUGGCUGUUAACGAAUUACAAAUUAGAUGAAAAAUUUUCUCAAUCUUCUAGAUAGGUUGUUUAAGAUUUUAAGAUAUUUUUAAAGUCUCAACCCUCCUACCCCAUGGCUUCAUGUGGAAAAUCAUGCUAAAAGUAGACCCUUCCGCUCAUGCGAUCUUCUAGUAAGGCGUGCAAUUUAAACUAGCGGACAGGCAGCAGUUGAGCCGCAGGAAAUAUUAUGAAGCCUCGAUUAAAUUUGCACGGAAUUUGUUUUUUUAUUUAUUUUAUUGUUCAUCAAAGUGUUAUAUUAUAUUUUAGUGACUGUUUAGAAGUAUUUAGCGUAGGUGCAGCAGUAACAAAGACUUGAAUUUUAUUCACAACUUUCUGAAAAAUAAAAAAAAAACUUCUAGCAGUAGGAACUGUUACUGUAAUUUAAAAUCUUGCCCUAAAUAAAAUUAAAGUGAUUGUUACUGGAUCUGUAAGAAGACACCUUAUCUUCUGAAGAAAAAUUCCCUAAAUUUUUGCAUAGGUCUUAAAGAAAGUAUGGAAAAUUUGUUGGAGGUUUGAUGGAAAAAUAUCAAAAAUUGAAGUAGACAUUCAUUCAACAGUUGCCUCUAGCAGUUCUUCUGAACACUUAGCCCCGUUGUAGAGGCCACUUGUGAAUUUGUAUGAGAUGAGCUCUGACCAUUCGCAGGAGGUUGCAAAAACAUCUGCAAUGCU